AUGAAGCCGUUUUCCCUGCUCUCAAUCCUUUGCUUAGCACUGGUGCUGAAUCAGAGCUCUGCAUUUCAAACCAGGAAACUCCUACAAUGGUGGUUUCCACCAUGGGGAUGGGGAAACUCGGUUGAUUGCGAUAAUCUGCCGCCUUGGGCAUAUAAUAUGCCUCCAUUUGCGCUAUAUCAUAUGUAUCCCUCAUGUGCACCAAAUCCACAACCUGGAGGAAACUCCCCUGUUCAUCAAUCUCCUCCACAUACCACCGCCCCUCCUCCUCCUUCCGAUGACCAACCUCCGCUGCCGCCAUGCGCCGGCGGCGGCUCUCCUCCUCCCAAGGCUGCUCCAUCACCAUCACCACCUGAUCAGUCGUCGUCUCCUCCGCCGUCAUUCCCGUGGUGGGGGGUUCCGCCGGGUAGUAAUUGCCAUAUGAGUAACAAGGGGAAUUCCUUCUCCUGGAGUUGUAACGGUCACGAUUCUAAUUCCAACUCCAAUUCUCCUCCGCCGCACACACCCGCCGCCAAUCCUCCUACCCAUGAUGAUGAUGAUCAAUCGCCUCCGAAGACGACUCCUCCGUGGCUGUUCCCGUGGUCGGGUAUGCCGAAGAAUUGCCAUCGCAGUAACAAUGGAAAUUCAUACUCGUGGAGCUGUGGGGAUCAGGCUUCCGAUUCCAACUCCAAUUCCGGUUCAAAUCCGGGUCCUAAAUGCACCUAUCAAAAGUUUCCUGAUGGAACGUACUCUCAUUCUUGCUCUUACCAUUAUUGA